CCUCUCAGCAACCAGCAGAGACGUCUCUCUCUCCUCUCUCCUCUCCUUUGCUCAGCUCUCCUCUUCUCCAUCCACUGCGGAACAUCGGCCUGUUUUCUUCCCGUCCCUCCUCCAGCGGCAGACACCCAGCUCGUCAUGGACAACUCCGGGAAAGAGAAGGAGGCCAUGCAGCUGAUGGCUGAAGCCGACAAGAAGGUCAAAGCGUCCGGAUCCUUCCUCGGAGGGAUGUUCGGAUGGUCUUUACAGCUGGAUAAUACGCUUUGUAUACAGUCUGUGGGUAAAAAACUGUCAGUCAUCUGUAGGAAGAUUCAGUAUGAAAGAAACAGCAGAUAUCAAAGUAAAAUUUCUUGUUUGUGUCUUUUCAGCUCAGCUAACAAAUGUCUUCUGAAGGUCGGACACUACAGCGCUCAGCUGGAGCAGUACCAGAAAGCGAUUGAAAUCUAUGAGCAGGUGACAACUGAUUGUUAUACCCAUUUUGCUUUUAUAAAUGCAAUAAUGUUAAAACAUUAUGAUGUGAAGGAAAGCCCACAGAAUAUGAUCAUUAAAAACACUGCUGCUACUAAUCAGAGCUUAAUUGUGCCAUUUGUGUGUUUUUUUCCCCAUGAACAUUCGCCUAUUCGCCACUCCUCUGUGCAACAGAAACUGCUAGAAGCCCACGAGGAGCAGAACAGCGAGGCGUUCACGGAGGCCGUGAAGGAGUUUGAUUCUGUGUCUCGCCUGGACCAGUGGCUGACCACGAUGUUGCUACGCAUCAAGAAAACCAUCCAGGGGGACGCUGGGGACCUGAAAUAGACACACUUAGAAGAGGGGAGAGAACAAAGGGGGGGGAAUAGGGAAAGGGGGCAUUGAAGAGAGAAGGAAGAUGAGAGUGGAGGGGAUUAAAUGAUGGGACAAGAGACAGGCAUGUAUCUUAAUGGAUGUGUAAAAGUAGAAUAAAGUAAAGGUAGAAAGAUGAAAGAGGGUGGGAGGUGAAGGAGUUUACAGUUGUACAUAUCAGUCUGCAUGUGACCUGCCCCCCAAUGAGCUAAGCAUCACCUUUAAAUCACCUUAAGAUCACCCCGUGUCUCCCGGUCCUGCAGUAUUGCUCUCGUAACACUGGACAGAAUUGUACUUAAAAAGUAAGAGUGGAAAGAAAACGUGUGUGUGUGCGUGUGUGUGUGUGUGAAAGAGAAAGAGUGUGUGUCCACACCAGAAAGGUAAAUGAUGGGAAAGUUUGCAGCUUACAUGAGAUUUAAGGAAAUAUGAUAUUAAAAAAAAUAUUGAGAAAUAUUAUUUAUGAGAUUUCUGAUAUUUAUUGUCAAUACUGAACAUAUGUAUUGUUUAUUAUGGUGCUCAGUGUUAUGACUUGUCUUACUAUUUUAGGUAUUAGCCCCUCAGCUCUCUCUCCUUCUCCUUUCUCCUUUACUUCUUCUCUUCCUCCUCCUCUGUCUCACUGUCCUCUCCGCAUCCCCACACCCUGUCAAAUCGGUGAACUCACCCAUUGUGAUUGGUUUGUGUUCAGGCCAGUGGUGGUUCGGCACAGUGAGCCACCAGUGCUGACUCCUGUCACUGCCUUGUUUUGUGCAUGUCUACUGUCAUGUUGUUGUAAGUGUUUUCCGUGUUGUGCUAAUGUGUGAAGAACAUACAUGUAGCCUGGUAUCAUUCGUGUGAAAUCGGUAAAUAUGUACUUCAGAGACCGAGUUGAAUAAAAACAUCAGCGCUCCAA